CACACACACACACACACACACACACACACACACCCUCAGCUCUCAUUGAGGAGCAGUGGACUCUCAGACUGGACGUGUUGUUGUUCUUGUGCUGGAGCUUGAGACUCUGCAGACAGACAUGUUGCCAAAGACUCGUCUGGGGAAGCGUUCCCCGUUCGGAGCGUUGGUGAGCUCCACCUGCCCGGCGGCGGCAGGAGCACACAUGCACCUGGAGACGGGUGAGGCCGGCGUCACCGUGGCAACGGCAGCAGGACAACAGGCCUCCAGCAGAGUCAAAGGUCAUCCUGGGCUGAAGGUGUAUUUCCAGUGCGGGGGAGGGGGUGAAUCCCCAGGAGUGGCGGAUCAGCUGGACCUCAUGCAGAGUGAUGUUCCUGCCUGGUCUUCAUCUCAUCCCUCCUCAGUGCCCCUGUCCAGCAGCAGGUCUGUCUCGUCCUGCAUCGACGUCCCCAGGAGUCAGAGGAGUCCAGAGGAGGUGGACAUGGACGAGCUGAUGGCAGCGAUGGUUCUCAGCAGUUUGUCCUGCAGCCCUCUGCUGCACAGCCCUGUGACCCCAGACCCAACAGCGGCUCUGAUGGACUCCGGCGGCAGCGACCUCUCUGACAGCAGCAGCAGCGGCUACUGGAGCGUCGGCCGCGCCAACGGGAGCCCGGACCCCUCUCCACCAAUCGCAGAGCCCGACGUCAGCCCGACCACGCCCCCCGACGAGGGCCUGGACAUGGAGCUGGAGGAGGUGUUGUUCGACGAGCCGGCGCCGCGGAAACGCAAGAACUCGGUGAAAGUGGCCUACAGGUGUCUGUGGCCCAUCUGUGGGAAGGUGCUGACGUCAGUUGUGGGAAUCAAACGUCACAUCAGGACGACACACCUGUGCCGUGGAGGUGAACACGAGCGUUGUUCUCGCAGCGAGGAGGAUUUUUACUACACUGAGAUCAUCCAGAGGGACCAUCAUCAUCAUCAUCAUCAUCAUCAUCAUCAGCAGCAGCAGCAGCAGCAGCAGCAGCAUUCCCUCCUCUCUGGCCCCGCCUCCCCCUCCCCCACCGCCUCCUCUUCUUCCUCCCCAUCCUCGCCUCCCAGCCCUCCCCCUCCCUCCCCUCCAUCCCCCCCUUCUCCAACCUGUGGUACUCUGAGUCACUCCGCCCCCUCCUCCUCCGGCAGCCUCCUGCAGGUCCAAUCAGAGCACUCCUACCAGGCUCUGCCUCCCAGCCAUGUGAUCUCAGCAGCAGCUUCCAGCACAGCUUCCUGUCGUUCGAUGGCCCCGCCCACCACCUGCCACAGCAGACAGGGCUUGUCGUUUCGGGUGCGUUCGAUCAGUGUAGGAGAGCAGUGGCUGCAGCAUCAGAGCGCCCCCUGCAGGAGGGUUCGUGGUGAAGCAAAGAAGUGUCGUAAAGUUUACGGCAUCGAGCACAGAGAUCAGUGGUGCACGGCCUGUCGCUGGAAGAAAGCCUGUCAACGCUUCCUGGACUGAGUAGAGAGGAAGAGGAGGAGGACGAGGCGGAGGAGGAGGGAGGAGGAGGGAGGAGGACGAUGAACAGAGACGGACUGUUGACAAGUAGCUGAACUUCACCUGGUGGAUGUUUUAUACUUUCUUACAUCUGAAACCAGACAUUAUUUUUUUGUCUUUAUACUCUUUCUACGUUUUCUAGAAGUGUCUUUUUAAAAUUUUUGAAUGUGUAUCUUGUCGCUGUGUCAUCUCACACAACCUGCGUCCUGUCGGUGCUUUUUGAUGACAUACGAUGUGACCUUUGACCCGGUCACCUGUUGCGCUCCUCAGGUCAUCUGAACUGAACCAGCCUCUGUGUCGGGAUGAACACGUACUACUUCAACAGCACACGCUCGGCUCUGAUUCGUCAAGACUGGAGUUUAAUGAUACGCCCACAUGUGUGUCCGGACAGCGUCGACCUCUGAGGAUACGAUGCUGCGAAUUCAUCUUAAUAUCCCGGUAACUGACGCUUAGCCGACUCGUUAACUCAGCGCGGUGACGGCAAGUCUUAAUUAUGAACAGUCUAGAGAAUUGAAGGUGGAGUUAACAGCCCAGAACACAGGAAGUAAAAAGGAUUUUGGAAACUAUUAGGGCUAAUUAGCAUUAGCAUGUCACCUAGCAUGGCUGGAUUAACCUGUUAGAACCCAAACCCACAUGGCAGCUUCAUUAUGCCUCAAGACAUCCAGACACCCCUCCUGUGGAGUGAAGCUGCCUCGCUCCAGGUUUUCUGUUCAUUGCUUUCAAGCUAAUUUGUAAAACUCAACUCCAUGAUAUUGAUAAAAUGACGUGCAGCUAAUUGAUAUGAAGUGUCUGGGGCCCCGCUGCAGUAGCCCACUUUGUCCACUUGGUAAUCCAGCCUUGCAGCCCCCCCCCCACAGUGUCUACAAAGCCAAAGAUGAAUAGGAGUGGGUCACUGGGUCUUUACAGUUACCCGUUAGCUCCUGCAGUUCACCUAGCAGUCCUGGGAGUCGUCACUAAAGUCAGUAUCAUUAAAGAAACACAUUAUUAUUCAUAUUCAUUGGGUGAAAAGUCUUUCCCUGUAGCUUCAGCAGUAUGUAAAUAUUUCCCUCCAAUAACAAGCCACAUUUUAUUUUACCGAGCUCAGAGCUAAUGCUAACGCUAAGAAUCAGAACUAAAAAACUAACUGUUGGAGUUGUCAGGACGACAGAUUCGAGGUUUUAAAGAGUCUCAUUGGUGCUAAACAGGAACCAGGAAGUCCAUGAGGAACUGACUCAGGAUCAGCUUCAGUCAGUGACGGUUCGGCCUCCGUUCCUCCGGGUUUUGCAGCUAACCUUCAGAUGCAGUUUCUCAGUGUUUCAGGACUUUGGCAUCAGUCAGCCUCUGGUCCAGUGACUCGGUGUGUUGACUGCUGAUGAAAGCAGUUGGUUAAUCAGUUAAUUUAUUCUGGUCCCUCCAUUAUUUCACCCACCAGUAUCAGUUUGCUCACCAGCGGUGGUCUGGCUCGAGCUGUAUGACGUCUUCUGUGGCAGCGGAGGAGAAAAGAACAAGGUCACAGUGAUUUCCUCAGGUCAUCUCAGACCCAGGGAUUACAGAUCUAUAGCAUUCGUGACAAACUGUGGUGUUUAAAAGUUUGACACAGGCAAAGUCGGCAGCUGCCCCAGGACCUUAUAGACGUCCCGGGGCAACGAAAGCUCUAGGAUGAGCCCUGUAUUAACUGGAGCUGAUUAGCUCAUUUGUCUUGGUGUCGGCAUCAUUGAAGUACAGAAUAAAUACUAAAUCUUCGUCCUGUGGCUCUGGUCUUGGAGACCAAGUGUCAAACUGUUCUCACACUGAGCAUAUUCCUAAAUGAAGUUGUGGUUUUUCCCGGACCUUUAAGGAAAACAUAAAGCUGCCGUGUAAAUAAUUCACUAUCCAGCUGCACUGUGAGACAUUCAGUGUUGUCAGGAUGCCUUCACCUCCGUGGCUUCGACCAAACACUAAAUCACUGCAGACACAUUCUCUGGUUCUACUGUAAAGUUUAUUCUGUUGGAGUAAAGUUUGUUGUUGGUGUUUGAUGGAGAAAACCAGAGGAAAUCAGAAAAGACUAAAUUCAUCUUUCAUGUUUACCUCCUCUCCGCUCAUUUAAUAUUUAUAAACAGGAUAUAAACGAUUAUUAAACGAUUGUGUUUAUUAAUGUAUUUGCCAACGACACUAACUUCUCCUGUGAACACACACAAGUGGAGCCUGCUGUAUAAAAUACUUAAUUAAUAAGCCCUUAAGCUGUCCUGACAAGCACAUUAUACUGUUAUAAAGCAUUUAUUCAUGUGUUUAUACAGAUUAUAAAUGUUAAAUGAGUUGUUAAAGGGGGUUAAAGUAAAUUAAAUUCAAGUUAUUCAAAUAAAAUAAGAGAAAUAAGUCAGUCCUGAUAACCAGUCUGAAUGUUUGGAGUCAGUGCAGCUUUAAUACAUGUAGAUCUCUGUUUUUAAAUGUGUUGGUGCGUCAGGGCUUUUAAAACUGCAAUAAUUCACACUGUUUUAUUUUGAAGCCAUCGAUCAUUUCAUCACGUCAGGUGACAAAAUCUUUAAAUCUCUCCCGCCGUUACCUCGUCUGCAUCUCCACUGAUUAACAGAUAAUUAUCAGACUUCACUGUAAAUGUCAUCAUCACUCUGCUCCUCUGUUCACUUCCUUCAGCUUCAGUUUAGACGUUUUAUUGUUUGGAAACAGAAGCCAUUUCCUCUCUGAUGAAACCACAUGCAGUAUUGAUCAAGACGUCUGUUUAAUUAUAAAUAAAAACACACACACACUCACUGAGACGUAUAUAUUUUAUGGAUUCCUAGUGUAUACACACAGAUAUAUACUGGGCCCAUAUCUACAGUGAAGUCUAUUCCCGAAGCCAUUCUAUACUUCAAAGUCAUUUUACGGUUGAUUUGCAGUAAACUGAGACAAAGUUGUGUAUUUAUAUUCUAUGUGUUUAAGAGACGUUAAUGUUGAUCAUUGUACCCGUACCAUUUUUAAGAUGCACUCUUUUAUACAUGAUGUGAAAUCCUGAUGUUGUUAUAAUAAAGUGGAAAGCUUUGA